UGUCGUCUCCAUCCCUUUCUUCGUUGUUCUUCCCCCAUCUUCCUACGCCUUCUCUGCCGUUCAUUUCACCUCGCCUGUUCUUCCUCCGAGCCCCCUGCGGUUUGGUGGAGCCCGACCAUGAGAGGGGCGUCGCUCCCUUACGCCGUCGUGGUCGCGGGCGUCGUAGCGGUGGCCGAGGGGCUGUUUGGCAUCCCGGAGUUCCUGGAGCUCGGGGGCUGUGCCAAUGUGACUCUCAUGGAAGACUUCGAUCCCGUUAAGUACCAAGGGCUGUGGUUCGACAUCGCCAGCGUACCCAACGAAUACCAGGUGACGAAGCAAUGCAUUAGUCAGAAUUACACGUGGACAGGCAACGAAAUGCGAGUGCUGAGCAGAGGCCUGUCCGCAGACGGGAUGAAGGUGCGCCAGGGGAUGUACAUGGUGCCGGAGGAGUUCGAAAGCCCAACAAAUCCAGCUCAUAUGACUGUUAUUAUGGAUGGGAUGCCGGAGUCGCCCUAUGAGGUCAUCUCCACGGACUACACCACUUACUCAUGCGUUUACUCUUGCCUCGAGUAUUUCGGCUUCAGGGCUGAGUUCUUCUGGCUGUUCAGCAGAACGCCGUGGGUUUCCAGCUGGGCCAAGGAGACGUGUCAACAGGAACUCGAGGAUAUGGGUAUCGAUCCCUCCAAAAUGCUCGAUAUGUCAUCUCCACGGACUACACCACUUACUCAUGCGUUUACUCUUGCCUCGAGUAUUUCGGCUUCAGGGCUGAGUUCUUCUGGCUGUUCAGCAGGACGCCGUGGGUUUCCAGCUGGGCCAAGGAGACGUGUCAACAGGAACUCGAGGAUAUGGACAUGCCCCUACAGCAGCAGACUGGAUGCCAUUCUAGAAGAGAAUAGAAAAUUCAUGAUGCAGAACAUAGGGGGUCGAAUUCCUGUGGCCACCGCCCCCAGCCCGACCAAUUUCAGUAUGGGAGACGAGGGCGGAAUGGAAACUGAUGAAGAAUUAAUAACCCCAAGGAAAACAACACCGAUUAACACAGCUCAAAAAGACGGAGGCCCAGACCCGGAACCUGGGGUCACAGACGCCGCCGAGACCACAACUGCCACCAAGGUCGUUUGCCUGCUGGCUCUUAGCGUGGCUCUCCUCCCCGUUGUGGCUCGAUAACCUUCGUUUCACAGGACAGGGAGUGGGGGUCGAGGACAAGGGGAGGGGGUCGAGGACAGGGAGUGGAACUCGA